GGUUUCAUCACUGCGUAGUUGGCAAGAGCAUUAGAACGCGAAACACGUUUUUUGUUGGAAGCGGACUGCUGAUGAAAUUGGUCAAAUCGAAAAACACAAAAUUAACUUGAACAUAACAAUUGAAGGCCAUUGGUGCUCGUUUGGCAAAUAAAUGGACAUGGAUCGUACAUAUGCAAGAAUAUUUAGCAUAUGGUUAUUAUAACAAUUUAUUGCGUCGCUAGAUCUGAAUUGAUAAAGAUUGCAAUUUGAUGGCCUAAAUUGGUGCAUUACGUAAUCUUCGUGGUGUUUGUAUUUCUAUAAGUUACGCACGCACGAAUCGACGCUUGCGUUAGAAAGAGACGACAGUAGUGCAUUUUCUAUUUGGCGUUGCCAUAUAGUUUUUUAAAAAAAAAAGUCAAGUAUGCCGCGCAUAGUGCCCUUACAGUUAUUGAAGUGCCUGCGGGUGCUUUUAGAUACCAAUGGAGGUAUACUAAGUGCGACAGAAGUAAAACGGAUAGCUGGGUUGAUGACGAAAUAUUCAAAAAAGCUGGUAUCAAAAUGCGUUUACGUGCAGAUCUUAAAGUCGACCAAAACGGAACUACUGGGAGACUUUAUGACGGUUGGCGGAUGGGGUCUGGUCUGCACCUGGCUAAGCGAUGCGAUACGAACAAUGAACUGGCCACUCGUACAAGAGAUACUUGAAUUGUUGCUACUUUCCCCUGUUGAUGUAAAUAGAUUAAAAAUAAACUCGGCGCCCAUUUUGGUCAAAGGGCUGUGCAAAGAUGGGGGCAAUGAAGGCGUACGGAUACUGGCGAAACGGUUGGUUGAGCAGUGGUUAAAGAUUGUUACGGAGAAUCCCAGCGGCACAACAACUGCCACCAGUUCGCCCGCGGGUGCAGUCGAGUCACAGCAGACGACAGCGUUAGUAGCCAGGGAUACAUCGGGAUCGGAUCUGAAGGACACGAAUAUGGAGCACAGCUCGUCGGACAGCACGGACAGCAGCGGCGGUGGUGCGACCGUCAGGCAAAACUACACGAUUACCUCCUCAGCUGAGCGCAAGCGCAAUAUAGUUAUUACAAUCAAAACUGUUGACAAAUCUGCCUCUACGUUAACAACGGCAGAUAGUGUAUAUAACGAUGACGAUAGUUCCUUACCAGCAUCUGAGGCUGGCUCUGAGUCCAAAGGGACCGAGUCGAAUGCCCAUUUAGACAGUUCAGAGAAAUCGAAUUUAGAUGAUAGUAGUACAACGGCAGAUUCAAAGCUUGAUGACGAUUCUGAUAAGAAGCAUAAGAGUGCGCGGGACAAGAGUAGAAGUAGAUCGGAGAAAGACCGUGACAAGGAUAAAAAAUCGUCCAGCAGUCACAGGUCAUCUUCGUCUAGCCAUAAGUCCUCUUCGUCUUCUUCCAAAAGCUCCUCGAAGGGUUCGUCAUCUUCGUCCCAUCGCAGCUCCAGCGAUAAACAUCGUGACAGAGACAAGGCACGAUCAAGUUCCAGUUCGAGCUCAAGCAAAGAUAAGGAUCGAAAGGAGGGUUCUAGCUCAUCCUCGACGGCGACAUCUUCAUCUAACAAGCACAAAUCCUCAAAAUCAUCGUCGUCAUCGUCAUCCUCCUCUUCGUCGAACUCUAGCACGUCCAAAGAUCGUAAUCGCGAUAAGGACAAAGAGAAGUCGUCGUCUUCGACGGCCUCCAAGAAGGAGAAUGAAAAAGACAACAAACUAAUGCCACCGCCCGCAUCUUCCGAAAAGAAAACUAAAGAUGGCGAUUCUGAUGUACAAAAAGCCAAAUCGAUAUCCAUACCCAAUAGAAAGGCUUCGAUAUCGAUAGAAAUACGCCGUGAUAACGAAAAGACGGCCACAGUCAAGACGUAUCAAUCCAAAUUUCGUUCCCAUGGCCUCACCGAGGAGGCGCCACCCCCACCCUCGCGCAAAGGCCUUAAGAAGCCCACAUCUUCGACGACGCCAACAAUACCACCAACGAUUCUGCCCUCAGCGACGGCACUGAAGCGUCCAUCGCCACCGCCCCGGGAUACGCCCGCUGAGAAGAAGCCCAAAAUCGAUAUGAAUCAUGUGAUUGGACAUGUGGACCGGCCAGGAUCGGUUAAGCUGAUAGCGCCCAAAAAAAUUUCAACUUUGGUGGAGACAAAUCUAUUCUCGGAUGCUUUGGCGGCUUCCAUAGAGCCAAAGAAGGUUGUUAAGCGCAAGCGGCUGAAUGCGGCCGCAUCUCCAACGGAAAAGGAUGCGCCGCUGGCGCCGCUCAAAUUCUAUCAGGAUACACUGGACGAAUCGAAGAGUGAGGACAAGUCCGAUGAUAGCACCAAGGAGAAUGAUGACAGCCGAACGGGCUCUCCGGGCAAGGACACAGAUGGUGACGAUGAUGAUAUACCAUUGAAGAAGGUCAAGGAGGACAUUGAACAGAAGGUGCAAAAGGAGAAGUCGGCGGUGGAGAGCGCCGGCGCCGCUGGUGAUGCCAGUCCGGACGAUGCGGACGAUACGCCCGAGGAGCCCAAAAAGCCUGGACCCGGCUGCGGUCCGAAUGGACCACCCGGCGUGCUAAUGCUGCACCGACGACGUGGACCCAAAAAGAAGCUCACCUGGCAGCCGGAAGAGAAACUAACGCAGAUACGCUACUUUGAGGUGGACCGCUCGGAGCGUGUGAACGUGACGAAGCAGAGCUUCCUCGAAAUGAAGAACAUGGAGCGUUACAGUGAACGCGAUGCGCUGAAUAUUGCGCGUCGUGGCUUCGAUGAUAUUAUGGAGCCGCAAAUGGAGUGGCGUCCACUGAUCGAGGUGGCCAAUGUGCCUGAUCAUCCCAAUGGCAAUCUAUCGAAGCAGCGUGUUGUGCAGGCGGAACGUGAGGCGACCACGUUGCGUGCGCUCUACUUCUCGCCGGACAUGAUACCCGACAGUGCUGCCGAGGCGGAACUGGAACCGCAUUUCUCGCACGACAUUCCCAUUAUACCCAUCGAUGAUUUGACGGGCAAUCCGGACGCGGUCAAUGACUACAGCUCACUGCCCUGGCCGGAGCCGAAGGGUUACAGUGCUGCCAGCAACGAGCUGGGCUACAAUGAUAACAGCAUGAACAAUAUUAUUCCCGGCAUGAAUCCCAAUCUGUUGCCGCAGAAUAAUCCCUUCCAGCCGUUUGGCACCAAUUACAUGCCCAACGCGGGUAACAUGCCACCGAAUCCAAAUCCACAGAUGCCACUGAAUAUGCCACAACCGGGACCGCCGCCAAUUUGGCAGAAUCCAAUGGUGGCGGGCAGUCCAAUGAUGAAUCCCAUGAAUGGACCACCGGCCGGCAUGGAGAUGAACAAUCCGCCUGGUAUGCCACCCAAUUUUAUGGGCAAUCAGUUUGGCAGUCCAGGUGGUCCGUUUGGUGCGCCGCCCGGUUUCAAUAAUAUGAACUUUCCGCCAAUGAUGAUGAAUGGACCCGGUCCGGGGCCGGGACCAGUGGGACCGGGACCCAACGGUCCCAUGAUGAACGGACCCGGACCCAUGCCCAAUGGCAUGGGGCCCAUGACAAACGGCGGCGGGCCACGAAACAACAAUCGCAAGAAUAACGGAGGUGGAGGUGGCGGCAACUGGCGUAGCGGUGGCAACAAUUUUCAGGACAAUUCCGGCGGCAAUUGGCGGUCAGCGGGCUCUGGCUCCAAUCGUGGCGGGGGCGGUGGCAAUAACAACAACAACACAGGCAUUUGCAAACAAUUCAUGCGCGGACACUGUCACAUGGGCAAGUCGUGCAAGUACGUGCAUCCGCAAAAGAAGAGAAUGUAGGACUCAUCCGAAUCUUCCGAGGAAGAUUCGAAAGUAUAGAUCUCACAGAGCCUCACAGCUUUGCACACAAAAACCAUACCCAUGUAUAUUCAAAUCUCUGCGAUAUGGUUUGUGAUCCCGGCAACAAAAAUUAAAACGGAUCACGGACCACACGCUGCCCCCCAGCCAAUGAAGACUGCAGCCUGGGUCGCCACGGAGGAGCACUGCCUCGCCGGCGCCCAACAUUAGUUUUAUACUGUACAUACACACUUAUAUAUAUAAAUAUAUAUACAUAUACAUAUAUGUAUACUAUGUUAUCUAUACAAUAUCUAUCAUACAUAUAUUUAGUGUAAUGUAAAAAGUAGAAGAAACUCAUUUCGAAUUUCGUACAUUUCAAUUUUAAUUUUUAUUUGUAAUUUGUAUUCGUAAGCUAGCUUGUUAACAAUAAAGACCAAGUCAUAUGAAAUUUAAUACACA